AUGCCCGAGAAACUCUCUCAUAAGAAUCGAGUAAACAAAAAGGCCUACUACGGUCGAUUCUUCUCGAUAAGAUGUAAUGUGAACGAUAAAAAAAUCUGUGGCGUUGAUGUUACAGAAGAAGCUGGAAAGAUUUGCUCCGGUCGUCAGUCUUGCCAACUCGAACAUUGGAAUUCUCAAUUCAAUGCAAAAUUCUACAAGGAAGCUCCAUGCAGUGCCGAGUUUUCUAAUAAAAUCUCAGUGUCCUACACGUGCCUCAAAUAUUUAGUUUUUGAGAACGCCGCCUGCCUAGGAAGACCCAUAGCAGUUCCUAUGAAACAAUCUGGCUACUUGUCAAACUUGGUUCAAGACGUGGGCCUAAGGAACUGUCCGUGGUUUUUCAACAUUACAAAGUUACACCGGGUUACUUUUACACUGUGGGAUUACGAAGCUGUCGGUGUUUCUCCUGCUAGAAAUGGUUCUCCUGAGAAAUUAAUACUCGCCUACAUGAACGACACUCCAAUAUGCAGAGAAGAAGAACGGAAGAGACAGCUGCAUGUUGACGGCGGGAAAAGUCUUAGAAUCUGGUUUGUGCCACAACAACAGGACACCUCUUACUUCAUUCAAUACGAUAUUUCAGAGUGCCAGCCUUAUGAGACGCCAUCUUUUGCGAGGCUUUUGUUCGACUCGGGCUUGAAUAUAACAGUUGAAUGCCUCAUUGGCGACCACUCCAGCUUGCAUCUGACCUGCCACGAUGGGGUUUGGACUUCACUGACGGAGGAAAACUGUACAAUGGGGGCUGUCACCUCGGCCGUUCUUGCUGAUGAUAAAACUUCUCAAGGUAAAUUUGCAGUUAUGAUCACAAUCGUCAUAGCUGUGGCCCUCAUCAUCUCAACAAUUAUCAUCGUUGUCGGACUAUACUGCUUGGAAGCCUGGCCAUUUCGGCUAGUAAUUUUUAAAAAAACAUUUCGUCGCAUACACAAGCAAGCGAUGGCAUUCAAACCGCAGGAAGAUAACCCAUCAUCGCAAAGUUUCUCGCAAGAGAAGUAUUCGACGGGGCACCAGCCGUGCCUGCACCAAUCAUACAGCAUGUGCGAAUUGUACCCCAUGCUUGCCAGCCAUCCGGACAAGAAACUGCCUCAGAUGCCGAGAGAUUAUGCCACGACCAUGCAAAUGAGGAAAAUUGCCGGAUGCUACCCCGAAACUGCUUGGUGCCCUGCUCACGGGCCUUACUACUCGACCAAUCAGGUCCACUGCAAUACAGUGGACCGCAAAUACAGCACCUCCAAUAUUAAACGCAACAUCUCAUCGCAAGUUCGAAACUUUUCAUCGUCGCAAUUUCAACAAGAGAGUCCCCGUACGUACGACGUUCCCAUGUCGCCAUUUUAUCACGAAUUGGAUCAGUUCACGUUCAAAAAUAACUCUGAAGUGGUCCCCCAUCACAACGCCAUCAGCAUUCCCUGCCCCACCGUCCCUGAGCAAAACGACCCCACGAACAUCAUACAGAAUGCCUCAUCGUUACUAACUCACUGAACAGUGCCUACUUUUUUCUUUUUCAUUUGCUGCUCUGGUAACUUAAGCAUAUUUUUAAAUUUGAAGAUUUGUUUUACUAAUAUUUUUUUAACACUUUAUAUAAAAAAACAUUCAUUCUGAUCAAUGAGUGUACACUUGAAUGUAUGAAUUUACAAAUACAACUAGCGAUAAAUGCGUUAAUUUUAAUGCACAUGUAGGUAUAAUUAUGAAAUAUAUUCAAGUGCCAAGUGUCUUUUAGUGCCAACACGCACGCAUAUGCACACAUACGCAAACACAUACACACGCAUAGAAAUAUCAACACACACAUACACACACCAGCAUUGACACGAACAUAAACAAAUACACACAGGCCUGCUCUGUACAGGAUGUUAAUAUUUAUUUUGCUAGUUUUUAUAAUUACACUAAUUAACUGGUCAAGUAUUCAGCAUGAACUUUGCGCGGCGCGCACUCCAUUCCUAUGUAAAUAAAUAUGCUAUAAAUAAUUUUAGUUAGCGCUUGUAAACGUCUUGUUAAGGUAAUCUGUUUAUAGUAUAAUGUAAAUAAAUUUUUAUAAUAUAGUGUUAAUCACUUUCAGCCUAGUUGUCUUAGUGUGGUUAAAUUUAUAAUAAACUAUUCAGCAAACUA